AUGGGCUGGUUUGAUGGAAAAUCUUCAUCCUCGUCUUCCCACCACUCUCAUUCCCGCCGACGUUCUUCCCCCUCACGACGUUCCACUUAUUCAACUCAUCAUCCUCGUCACUCUGCUCCGUCGAUAUUCAGUCUGAACGGCGGUGGUAGUCGCGUCGGACGCACCAGCCCGUCCGUGCUUUCUUCAUCCUCAUCGCGGCGCGCACGGCCCCGAACAGGCUUCGUACAGAAGGUGGUUCGCGCCAUCAAACGCUUGCUCCGUGACAUUUACGACUAUGCGCGUCGGAACCCAGUGAAGGUUCUCAUGCUGGUUGUCAUACCGCUCCUCACGAGUGGUGUCCUGCAGAAAUUGCUCGCCAUGAUCGGAAUCCGAUUGCCAAAGGGGCUUUUUGGCGGGAAUUCAUCGAAGCCCAGUGGCAACAGCAUGUCAGACAAUAUCAAGGGCCUCAUGAAUAUUGCGAAAAUGCUGAUGUAA